GCGGGGGCAGAGCCCAGGCGCCGCUUCUCGGGGCAGGUGCGAGCCUUGUCCAGUAACGGCCGCGGUGCCGCUUCUCGGGGCAAGGGCGAGCCUUGUCCGUUAACGGCUUGCCGAGGGGAAAAGCGAGUGCAGAGCCUGCUCGGUGUCGCUCUCUUCAGCGAUGGCAGAGGGGGAGUCCGCCGAAAUGUCCUCCUCCAGUCUGAGCGGCGUGAGAGAGCGGAUGCAGGAGAAGAAAAAGGGUGCCUUGAGGACUGCGAGGCUGAACACCUCGCUUGCAUCAAAAAUUAAAACGAAGAUCGUCAGCAAGUACAACUCCUCCAUUAUGAAAGUCUCCCUAAAGCAGAACAAUAAAGCAUUGGCUCUGGCCCUCAAUGCAGAAAAAGCCAAUGUACAGCGGCUCACCCGGGAGAAGACCAUCUUACAGAAGGAGGUGAAGCAGUGCCACUUCCAGAAUGCUGUGCUGAGGCACAGGCUCUCCUUCCUGAAUAAUACUUUGAAAAAAAUGGACAAUCUUAUGGCUGCAGUUAGGAUGGCUGAGCUGUCUGAGUUCCAUACAAAUUCUGCAUCCUUGUCCAGUGGCCAGAAGAGCAGCAUGACUGAAGAUAGCUGGGCUGAUGAUGUUGCAGAUGGUCAGCUUCUGAGGAUAGGCAUGAGAGUGCCCAUUUCCAAGCUACACGAUGCAGAGCAGCAAGCUGGCAGCUCCACAGCAGUACAAACAUCCUCAGGAGAACUUCAGACACCUGCUUCUGAUGCAGGAGAACUUCAGAGACUUGCUUCUAAUGAGCCCCUAAAAAUUGUGCCUAUUGCCUCCAAAGAUACUCUGCUACCACAGCACGAUGGGAAGCUUCAGUUCCACCAGGAAGAGAAUAGCAAUAAGGUGACUGAUACAUUGGCAACAGAGGAGGCUUUUCAUGACUCACACAUCUUUGGAGAGGUCUUGCACACCACUGAAGAAAAUCCCAACAAUUUGCCAGCACUUGCCUGUGAAAGUCAUCCUCUUUCACAUGAGGCUGAUGAGAUGGCAAAACAUUUCUUUCAUCUCUCACAAAGGCACAUUACUCAGAGGCAAAAGCGUCCCACCUCAGUUGCUAGAAGCACACCAUAUUUUGCUCUGGAAAUACUCGCAUGUGUCAGUCCCACUCAGGCAGCUUGGGGUACUACUGCACAGGACAACAGCAGCUCCAGCAAGAACAACACAAAGCAACAGCUGAGAUCUCCCAGCCCCCUGGCUUCACCUACUCAAACUGCUGUUAUUUCUCAGAGAAACUCUGUGGGUAAAGAGACCUUUUGUGAGCAGCCACAGACAAAAGAAAUGGGCAAUCAAAAGAGCAAUAUAAAACAGAUAGGGGGCCUUCAAGAAAAGGGGCAAGGUGAAGUUCAUAACAACAUGAAUGCUUUGAAAAAAGAAGUCUCUUGCAAAAGAAGUCUCUUUUCACACAGUCUUGAGUCCUCCCAUGUCAGCAGUUCUGGAGUUUUGCCUGUCAGCUCUAGACAUACAGAAGUAUCAGUUUCCAAGAGCUUAGGGACUGAGGGCAAGAGAAUGUCAGCAAAAUCCCCUGUUCACUUGAAAAACUCCCAGACAGUAAAAAAAAAGACUGCAGAGAAAAUACCUGGGGCAAGGAACCAAGUCCAGUCAAGUUCUCGGAGCAUACCUUCAAAGGAACCUGAUAUCAGGCCACUACAGGACUUGAAAAAUGCCCGGGCUCUGUCUCGCUCUGGCUUGGAGGAAUCAUCAGGACGUCCAUCAGGGCAGAAAUGGAAGCCAACCUGCUACAAAGGGCCACUGAUCAAUAGGAAACUGAGACAGGGUGACCCAUUUACAGACCGGAGUUCCUCCACUCUCCUAUCUACAAAAGAAAAUAAAAAGCCUGUCAAAGCCAAGGCAAUGACCAAGAAGAUGAAAGAGAACCAAGAAGGAACACCUGAAGAAUGUCUCGGUGCCAAGGCAAUGAACGCAUAACAACAGAAAGGAUAGUGGUUGAAAGGCAGAAAAAAAUUUUAGAUAUUCUGUACUGUAAUUGUUAACAGUGAUAUUUGAUUCCCUAAAAAAUAAAUAAUAAAUAAAAUAAAAUAA